UCCCCUUACCCAAAAUAGAGAAGAACCGGCACCAAGGAGGGAAUAAUGGGCCUCUCACCGACGCUCCUGGUUUACGCGCUGGUGUGCGUUCACCUCGGAGUCUCCCAGCAUUUCUUCCGCCUCCGUCCGCUGCCCAGCGAGCACCUCCCCGUCCCCGACCUGAAGGAGGACCCGGACCCGGAGUACGACCCCCGGGAGCAGGACUUGGCCGAGAAGCCGCUGCGGAAGAAGCUGGGCAGCCACUUCGACCCCAACUUCAUGGCCGUCAGCGCGCCGCUGCCGGUCAACCUCACCUCCCCGGACGCCCAGUGGAAGCCGCCGGGCCACAUGCCCAACGAGAUUAAAAAGCUGGACCUCACAGAGACCCCCUACGGGAAGCGGUUAAAAGUGGGCAAGAAAGCGCGGAGGAAAUUCCUGCAGCUUCUGUGGACCUACACGUACUGCCCCGUGGUGUACACCUGGAAGGACCUGGGCGUGAGGUUCUGGCCGCGCUACAUCAAGGAGGGGAACUGCUCCUCCGAGCGCUCCUGCUCCUUCCCGGAGGGCAUGUCCUGCAAGCCCGUCAAGUCCAUCAGCAAGACGUUCCUGCGGUGGUACUGCCAGGGCUUUCUAAGACAGAAAUACUGUACGUGGAUACAGGUGCAAUACCCAAUCAUCUCAGAGUGCAAGUGUUCGUGCUGAGUUUACUCCAAGGAAGCGGACUGGAAAUACAGUUUCAAUUGCACUGUUAACUCUCUACAGAGGUGGGCACCAUAGCAGAUCUAUUUUUUUAUAUGGCAUUUAAGUGAAAUACCAACAAUGUACAUAUUUAAGGGAGAGAAAAAAAAUGCAGCUAUUUUUUCUAACUGAACUUGGACCAUAUUCAAACAUUGUUUUGUUUUGUUUUUUUUUUCCUCCGGGAGCACUUCACGAGGAAGAGCUUUUUUAUAUAAAUAUAUUUUUAUGAGACAUUGAUGAAGGAAUUCAUAAUAUGCUACACUUCUCCAAGAGGUGACCUUUUUUUGUCAACUGAACAAUGAUGCUGUUUGUUAUUUCACUGCAAUGCUGCCUAGAGUUUUUGUAUAAUAUUAAUAUCAAUAUUAAUUAAACUGUAAAAAAGUUGAGGUUAAAGAUAUAUAAAUAUAUAUAUAUAUAUAUAAAUAUAUAUAUAUAAAGGCGUGAACUCAGCUUUUCUUUUCUUUUUUGAAUACUUAGUAUUGUAGGAAUAAGCAAAUCUGUAUGUUUUAUUUAUUAUUUUAACGAUUUGUGAGUAUAGAGCAUAAGGAAAGAGAAUAGCAAAAUAUUACCAGAAAAAAAAUAUGGAAGAUGUCUACUUGAAUAUUUCUAAAAGUGACAAAAAAAAAGAAAUAAAAGAAAAAAGUAAGGCAUAUCAGUGUAUAUGUUAUGGUUACACGUGUUAGCAAUAAAGUCUAUCUUUUCAACGUG